AUGCCCCGCGCUUUCUCAUCUGCAUGGGCACGCCCCCUCCCGGCUCGCCUGGUGCCGAGGGGCGGCAGAGACUGCCCGACCGCGGGGCUCAUCACCCGGUGUGCAAGAAGCCGACCCACACACAGAGUCGAGAUCUUUGCUUUAAUACCCGGUUCUGCGCUGGAGAGGGAGCAGGGCGGUGUUCGACAAAGCAAGCGCAGUUUCCUGAAAAGCAAGCGCUACUUUGAUAUCCCGAAACCACUUCCCACGUUCCAAAGACUACACAGGCAGCUCCCGUCCCGUCCCGCCCCGCGGGGCUCCCGGGGCUGUGGUUCCUUCCUGGGCUUCACCUACCUCCAGCACCUCGCGGUGCCGCUGGCACUGGAGUGCCCGGGCGGGAACGGUGCCUGGGAGCAGGUGACGACACGCAACAGCAGCCGGCUUUGCCAGAGGCAGAGGAACCCCUGCAACAGCUCCGGGGAGCUCGCCUGGCCGUGCCCCGAGAACGCUGCCUGCGCCCCAGCCGGCCCCGGCCUUGCCCAGUGCCUCUGCGAGAGCCCCUUCCACGGCUACAAGUGCCUGCGUGAGGGCACCUUCCCUGUGCUGCUCUUCUGUGGGAUCCUGGGAGCUGUCACGCUGUCCCUGUCCCUCCUGCUGUGGGGCACCCAGCGCCGGAAAGCCAAGACCCUUUGAGGGGGGAGCAGGAGCUGCAUCGCUGCUGAGACCAGGGGCGGGGUAGGGGGGCUCCGUAUCCCGGCGUCUGGCUCAUGUCACGGGGGCUGGGGACGAAUAAAGGCCGCCGUGUCGUCUC